GCGAUGGCGGAUGAUGAGGUGGAGAAGGUCACAGAGCUCCCCGCUGGCGAAGGUGUCCCGCGGCCGCCAGUCAGACGCAGACGCUUGGCCCUGGGCUUCCUCACGUCAGCUGCUCGCGCGCCAGCACCAGACAAAGGCCCUAGCUCGACGUCGGCUGCAAUCUGGAACGAAUCAGCGUGGUCCUGGUUGGCGGAGGACUUUGUUCAAACCACCAGCGAGCCGCUCGAGGCUUGCUUUAAUCUCCUCUGCCACGACGACAGCGCUGGUGCAGCAGCAGCAGAAGGCAGCUUUACGGCAAAGCUGCGUGGCGUGGCCACCGUGCCAACUCAUCGAGCGGAGUUGUCGCUUGUCUUUGCGGAGCUGAGUCUCAUCCGAGCUGCGCUGGAGGAUCCAGACACGCAAGCUAUGCUCCUUCUAUCCGGCAGCUGCUUGCCCCUUCUGAGGCUGAGCGAGCUGUAUACGGCAUGCCUGGAAGGUGAGUGUUAUGGGAAAUCCAUCCUGAAGUAUCACUUCAUGAAGGGCGGGCAGCAGCGGGUACUCGGCGUGCCCUUGGGCGCCCUGCAGUGGAAACUCUGGCAUCGGAGAGAGCUGCAGCAACUGGCCGCGCUGGAAGAAGCAAAUUUACGGAGGCGUUGGGAGCCGUUGGAAGCUACGAUGCAACGCUAUGGACUCGCGCCAGACGAGGUCGUUCUUGUGAACGAGCUCCGGGAAGAACUCCUCAAGUCGGAUCCGACCUGCAAGGAUCCUUUUGCUCUGUGCUGCAUACGGCGCGCCACAACGUACACUGAAUGGGAGGCGAAGGUGGACAAGCACAGCGGGCCUCCACGGGCACGAAUCUUCCCCGAGAUUCCGGAGAAGGCCUGGCCCACGAACGCGGACUGCGGUGAAGUUGCGAGGGACAUCCAAAGCAGGGACUCGCCAACACCGCUUCUGUGUCGGAAAAUAUACUUGGGUCUGGAGGCUCUACAAAGCUGGAAGAAGCGCCUCACCGGAGGAGCUGCUGAAGCUCAAAGCGCUACUGCAAUUUGUCUGGCUGAGGAU